GAGUUUGCAAAGACCGCCGCUGUCUCGCCGUGAAUGACCGCGGCCAGAGCGAUAGCCACUAUGCACACACAACUCCUCCCUACGGAGGCUCUCCAGUUUUGUUCUGCCCAUUAGUGAAAAGGUCGAUUUGAUAUAUGGUCAGUAAAACAUAGGAAGUCAAUGUCGGAGUUAUUUGGCCAUCAUUUGCUUUGGAGACAUUGGUGGACUGUGACUUUGCAGUGAUGGUGUGCCAGUCAAGAAGUUUUCCAAAGGGCGAUCGUGUCGAACUUCUCAUCUUUGUGGUGAUGACUGGAUUCCUCUUGGUUGGGCCUCAAGAAGCAGCCGCAGUUCCCAUAUGGAACUUUGAGGAAGAAGUUCAUAGCUCUGGUGUUUUAGUUAUUGGGAUUCGCAAAGAUGCUCGCGCACAUGUCCUGCAUCUGAAUAGGAUCAAGAGGUACACUCUGACACCUGAGAAGCUGAAAUGGGACAAGUUCAAGCUCACCUAUAAAUUGAUAUCAUUCCCAAGGAAUUUGAUGAAUGCCAGUGACACACGGCGGGGUAUAGCCAAGGCCUUCGGUAUGUGGAGUGAUGUUUCACCCUUCAGUUUCAGAGAGGUACCAUCUGAUGAAGAGGCUGACAUAAAGAUUGGCUUCUAUCCAGUUAACCACACAGACUGCUUGCAGUCAUAUCUCCACCACUGCUUUGAUGGAAUUACUGGAGAGCUGGCCCAUGCUUUCUUUCCCCCAACGGGGGAAAUCCAUUUUGAUGAUGAUGAGUAUUGGAUCUUGGGUAACAUGCGAUUCAGCUGGCGAAAAGGGGUUUGGCUAACGGACCUGGUCCAUGUGGCAGCUCAUGAGAUUGGACAUGCUCUUGGUCUCAUGCAUUCCCAGAAUCCUAAGGCCCUGAUGCAUCUGAAUGCUACACUGACAGGCAGGAAGCGUAUUACACAGGAUGAGGUUUGGGGCCUCCACCGUCUGUAUGGGUGUUUGGAUAGGCUGUUUAUUUGUUCUGCGUGGGCUCGCAAGGGUUACUGUGAAAGUAAGAGAAAACUCAUGCAGAAACAUUGCCCUUCGAGCUGUGAUUUUUGUUAUGAGUUUCCCAUCCCGACACCUGCCCCCACCACCCUCCCGGCCAGAACAAAACAGAAGUUUGUUGCUGAGGGAAAGACCCUCACCUUCCGUUGUGGAAAGAAAAUUAAAGCAAAAAUGGGCAAAGUGUUCUGGUAUAAGGAUGGGGAGCUGCUGGAGUUCUCUCACCCAGGUUACAUCACUCUUCAGAAUGACCAUAUCAGCAUAGUUGCCAAUGCAAUCAAUGAAGGCACAUACACAUGUAUUGUACGGAAAAAGAACAAAGUACUUACCAACUACUCUUGGAGAGUGCGUGUACGCUUCUGAAGGGUAUGAUUUGUUGAUUAUAGAAUACGCACAUCAAUUACAACUGAGAACCUAUGUACGAAAGAUAAAUUGCAACUGUGAUGAAUAAAGAUUUUGUUUUUUUGUCCACUUU